AUGGGAUCGCGCGAAGUCAUGGGUGCACUGAUCUUUGUCGUCAUCGCGACGUUCUGCAAUUCUUUGGAGAGCAGCUUUCCCGUUGCCAAUCGUCUGCUCCGCCCGGCAUGCAGGGUUGUGCGCUUGAGGGGAGGGAGUGAGAGCACGGCGAUACAGCCCUACGAUUCUGUCGGCAAGCAGCUGGAGAGUGAUGAGAUUGAGCCAGGGCUGAAUGCCACCUACCUCAAGCAGGGAGAAGGCUUCAUGCGCCCUGGCGCUGAGGACGAGAUCCUCGUAUCCUACGUAGUGAGGAGCCAUGGCGAGGUGUUGAGGGAGCAGGAGGUGCCGGUUUGGGUGUACCUGGGGCAGGGCGCCUUCCCCGACCAUGUGGAGAGAGCGAUCCGCAAGAGGCUGACGCGGUACUCGACGCUGAGUAUCGUCUACAACGAGACGGAGGAGGAGUUCGAAGUCUCCCUCCUGGACUGGAACACCGUGUGGACGUCGGGUGACGGGAGGAUUGCUUUCAAGUCCUAUGGGCAGCCGACCAACUACAGCCCGCCGGUGGGGGACAGCGACAACAUCACUGUCGCGCUCUCGGAGAAGAGAGUCUCAUGGUGGAGCAACGUCAGCAGCAGCAAGGACGCCAUGGUGAGCUACCUCCGGUCGCUGGACGAGGAGCGGGAGGGGCUGAAGACAGUCAGCGCCAAAGUCCCCCAGACUCUAAUGAGCAUGUCGCCCGAGAUGCUGCAGCUGAUGUCGAAGACGGCGGCGUCUCUCAAGGUUCAGGACGGCUUCCUGCGGUCGAGGAGGAGGCAGGUCACCGCGGUGCUGGGGAACGAGGAGGUGCAGCCGCAAGAGCUGGAGCUGGCACUGCACUUUCUGCGGCCCGGGCAGAACGCGACCUUGCUCGUGGCCGUCAACCACACGCUGGAGGAGGGGAAGGAGACGCAGGUGGACGAGGGUACCGCGAUCCUAUACCACAUUGAGCUCAUCAGGGAUGACUCAGCAGAUGAAGUCAGCACAGAGCAGAGGCUUCAGAUCGCGUUGCAGAGGAAGGAGAAAGGAAACUUCUACUUCGGCCAGAAGAAUUAUGCCCGCGCCCUCACCCUUUAUGGCCGAGCUAUGACCAUGAUUGGCGCGAGUGCGGAUGACGAGCAUGUUCGCAAUGCUACUUCCAACCAGUACGCGAAAACGGAGCUGGCAGAUGAGGUGCGCGAGAUCGAGGUCUCGCUCCUCUUAAACGCUGCCUCCUGCCACCUUCGCAUGCCGAAAACCCUCAUGUCCUCAGAGCAAGUGAGCGCGCUAGGAGGAAGCAAGGACGCGCAUCCUGCUCAACGAGCGCUGAUCGCCAUCGACCGAGCCAUCACCUUGAAGCCCAACAACACAAAAGCUUUCCUGCGGCGGUCCGAGGCCCACGAGCAACUCAGAGAGUAUCAUAUCGCUAUGCAGGAUGUGAAGAUGGCGAUGAUCUUGCAAGGAGAUGUAAACUCGACGGCGUGCGACAAAAGGAUGGGCAGGUUGAAGCAGCUCGCGCGCAUACAAGACAAGAAGGACGCCAAGGUCUUUGCCAAGAUGUUUGAGCCGAGCAAGGAGAAACCUCGCAUCAAGUCUCGAUCGCAGGAGGAGGAGGAGCAUAGGAUCGAGAUGCUCGAGACGAACAUCAGUGCCACGGACGACGCCAAGACGUCGCGCAUGAAAGCGGCUCAACAAGCCCUGCCUGUUCCCCCCGUCGAGCCGUCAACCUUCAAGGAAGCACCUGCUGAAGUCGUUCCUCUUCCUCCACUCAACACUUCCAGUCGCAUCCUCGUCAAUGACGCUGAAGCCCGGCAAGUCAUCCAGCAAGGAGGAUGGCUGUACGAGCCUGACAACGAGCCGAGGGAUGGCUGCGAGGUGAGGUAG